AUGUCAGAAAAUGACCAACUCAUACAGAGCUUUGUAGCGGUGACCAGUGCACCCAAGUCCGUUGCAGAGCAGUUCUUAGAGAAGAACAAUGGCGAUCUUACCCAGGCAAUUGAGGAUUUCUACGCCUCCAAUGAAGAGGGCUCGUUCGAACCUACUACUGGACAUGAAGCAGAGAAACGGGCUCUGGGUCUGAAAGCGCGUUCCAAGCCAUCAGGAUUCCGUACCUUGAGAGAUCUCAACGAAGACUCGGACGAUCCCGAGAACACAGACACCAAUUUCUUCACUGGUGGCGAAAAGUCAGCGUUGCAAGUGGAGAACCCUGAUAAAGACAAGAACGAGGGCCACCAGCCUUCUCUUAUUGAGAGAAUCUUCCAAAAGGCGCAAGAGCAAAUGGACGAGCCAGAUGACCGGCCAUCAGCACAAAUGGAGCAGCAACAGCCGUCCAACUUUGUCGGUGCUGGGUUCAAGCUUGGUGAUUCGGAGCAGCCCCUGGAGGUAGUUGAAGACCCAUUUGCUAACGCAAGAAAUAGACCAGCAAAGGUGAACAGAGAGAUUGUGUUUUGGAGACAGGGCUUCACUGUGGGAGAUGGGCCUCUCAAGAGAUACGAUGACCCAGAGAACCAACUUCUCUUACAAGAAUUGAAGCGUGGCCGUGUGCCUGUGUCUUUGUUGGGAGUCGAGUUUGGCCAGGAUGUCGACGUCUCGGUGCUCAAGAAAACAGAUGAGGAUUACGUUCCUCCUAAGCGCAAGUUGGGUGGAUUCCAUGGCCUGGGCCAGCGCUUGGGUUCACCAGUACCAGGAGAGAGCUCUGGAGCUUCUACUCCCGUUGCUGAGCCUAAGCCUGAAGAAAAGAAGGAACCUGUGAAGCCUCAGGACCAGGGCGCCGGUGACUCUUUGGUGCAGAUUCGGUUUGCAAGCGGUAAGAAGGUGGCACACAAGUUCAAUUCCACGGAUUCCAUCGGCACUGUCUAUGACUUUGUAAGGAACCAUGAAUACAACAGCGAUCCGCUGAGAUCGUUUGUUUUGUCGCAUGCGUUCCCAGUGAAACCCAUUGAGGAGUCUCUGGGAGUGACCGUCGAGGAGGCGAAAUUGAAGAACGCUGUGAUUACGGUGCUGGAUACCGUCUAUAGAGAUGAAGCACAACUCAAGCUUCAGAAGUAUAUGCACCAUCGCAAGCAGUUUCUAGAUCCAAAUUCAGCAUUCACAAACUUACCACAUAAAAACUUGGAUAGUCUCAUUUAUGAGAACACUUUUGAACCCUCACAGACCUGGGAGGAGAUCACCACCAACAAUAGAACCCUUCCACCAUGUGCUGGGUCAAUUAUCGAAUACCAUGACGUCGAAAGCGACUCCAGCAGCCUUGCUCUUGUCGUCAGAGAACUGCAGUCAAAGUUCAAUGAGAACCAUAAUAAGCUUAUCGUGCUUACUCUGGAUAAUGAGCUUUCGAGGGUGUAUCCUCAAGAUAUCAACUUUGUGGCCUACCAGGUAUUCGACGCUGAAUGGAUAGAAUCCCUAGGUAUCUUGUAUCAUCGUUUCGCAGAAGAGUAUGAACCGCGGCUACAGUUGGUGGACAUACUCAGGCAGUUCAUCACAACCACAAGAGAGAUGCAACCAGAAGUACAGAAAGAGCUUAAAAAAGUUUAUGCAACAAUAGCUUCGUCCGACAAUGCUAAUUCGACCAGCAUUUUAGCGGUGGCAAAGUACAUGGACUAUGACUUCCAAAGCUAUUUUCAUCAAUCGGCAUAUCUCAUGGUGAUUCACUUGGAAAUGUGCCACGAUGUGACACGUUGGGUGGUUCUGCUGUGUAUCCCAAAAAGAUCGACCAAUCUUAUAUCAGCGCGUUGUUCCAACGACAUUCCUCCGGAGACAGUCUACUUCGCUAAUCUGCUUAACAAUCAUGAUGCGAUUCUGGACUUCCUUAGUUACGACGAACUGAAACUCGAGGAGUUCAAAGCUUUUCUUGGAAAACUUAUUGAGCUGCCAAAAAGCUAUGAUGAUCUCAUUGUUGAACUCAAUAUCUGGCUGGGCAAGCCCUUUUUGCAUGCUUUUAAGGCGUUAACUUUUGCAUUAAUCCACCCACAUAUUCGUCUUACUAGCCUUAUUGGAAAACUCAUUUCAGCACAUUCAUCUCAACCCGCAAGACUUCUGGACAUUGAGGAUUUGCUCGUACAAAUCGGGCUUUAUAAUAACCCUAAGAAUCCUUUGACAAACCCAGUCUUAUCUUCCAAUCUAUUGGGAAAGCCUUCACUUGAUCAGCUAAUGGUGGCAUCCCCGAAGGAGCUUAAGCCCUCCCAGCCAGAGCUUAUUUCGGCACGAGUAUUGUCCUCUGGGCAACUCGAUGACAAAUUUCGCCACUUGCGUAAGUCGAAGCGUUACUUUCUGGAUCACGUUAUUUAUAUGCUACCGUCUGAAAAGAAGUUUUCAAGCAUCGGAAUUUCACUUGAAAAGAUUAACGCCAGAAAGUUCCUCAUCAAUAUCCAUGUGCCUGAUGUGGCUGCGAGAAUCGCCCCAGCAAGUCCCUUGUUUGAAGAGGUAUCCAGGCAUUCCUUUUCAUUAAGGUCAUUAAAAAACCUUAUGGGCAAAGAUCUGAUUGAGAUUUUGGCCAAGAAUGUGAGGGAGGAACUUCUUUUGAAGCUGAAUGCAAGAGUCACCAGUGGUGAAUUCUUCAGCGUGGGAGAUUUCAAAGAGGAUUCCGAGUCUCAUGAAAUGAAGACAUGCAUGACAGUAACGUACGAGUAUAACACAUUUGCUCUGUCUCCGCUCAAAGAGCUUGGAAAUGGGGUAUCCGUUACCUUCGACAGAGUUCUGGCUCACCAAGUUAAGGAACUCAGCUGGGAUCUUCUCGAUGAUGCGAUCUCAGGACGUCUCGAGACGGGUAUUUUAAACACUUUCAAGUUGUUCAACAGACGGCAGCCUACCGAGGAGAAUGACUCUCGCGUUACACUAGACGAAUCUGACAUUCUGAACCUCGGAUUUAUAUUCAACGUGAUGAAGACGCAUUUCAACACUAGGGCAAUUCGCUGUGCUUCAGAGCCUCAUCCCGCCAUAUUCCAACGUUCGAUCUCAAGGUCUUUAAGCUAUAAGACUAAGGACGAAGAGGAGUUGAUCCAUACCGAUUUGGCUCUUCUGUCUGUUGAAAAAGCGCUGAAGUUGGGACUGGCGAUGUUCUUUACAGGUGAGAUUAAAACCUUUCUUGGCUCGCUUGUGGCCUCAUUCUGUCACAGGGAGUCUAUCCCGGUAUUGGCCAGGGGCGACGACCUUCUCAACCCGGAUGAGGAAACGCCAAGUUAUGAAGGUCUGGAUGCUGAUGAGGUUUUUGUUUCCCACGACAAUAAGCUUUUACCGAACUAUUAUUGCAAUUCCUACUAUCAGGCUAUCAUGGCGAAAGAUCGACAUGGUUUUGUUUCUUUACCAGCUUUAAUAAUUGGCAAUAACUAUUUGGGCAAGCCAACUCUUGCAUUGGGUGGAGACACAUACCUGUUGACUAAAGGCCUUCCACGAGGUCGAGUGGAGGUUUCUGACGCUAUGAGUAACGUCGAGGCAUAUUUGAACCAGCUUCAAAUACUUUCUUUCAUUAAUCAGCAAAAGAUUUCCAGCAGAAACUACUUACAUCUGGUGGCACAGACGCUGCAUUACAAAGCAUUGGGGUAUCCUGUUCAUGGCCCCUUAUCUGAAAAAUUCAUGAGUGAUCAAAUUAUCAAGUUGCAAGACGCCAAACUUGGUUGCGACUUUCUCAGCGACAGAUACAAUCGCUACUGGAAACUCAAAUUCCUCGAGCAGCAGAUCAAAGCUGAAGAUGACGAUUCUGACACUACCACAUUCUCGUGUGUCGUGACUUCUACUGGCCAUGAGAUUGAUCUCAAUUCAAAAUUGGCACGUUGUUGGUGCACCGACCUUGCACUAGAGGUUGACCUAUUAGUACAUCCAUACAAUGACUUGAGCAUAGGCUCGAGUAGCACUCUCCAGCCGUCAUUGAAGGAUUUCAAGUCCUUGGUGGAAAACGCCAAAGAAAACCACGAUGCUCCAAACUUGUACCCCAUCUACAAGUACGUUGCCAACGAGGAUUUGACCGUCCACCUGGCUUACCUCAAGUUGUCUGAUUUGAAUAAUUCAGACAGGCCGGCCUCGUUUAUGUUUGAGUCGUCUGUCAAUGGUGACUCGGUUGACAGAUAUUCGUUUAUCGGUAUCAACCCAAGAAAGAUCAUCAGAACCGGCGACGAUGCUGAGAAAUACGAUGCUGAGUACAACAAUGUCGACCCGCUUGUCAUCUUGGAAAAAGAAUUGGAUCAGUAUAAGCAGGCCAAGUUGCCUGGUUUGCCACCUUUGAAGGGUGGUGCAGUUGGAUACAUCUCCUACGACUGUAUCAAGUACUUUGAACCCAAGACAAGAAAGCCAUUGAAGGACGCCUUGCAGGUGCCUGAAGCUGUCUUGAUGCUUUGUGAUCUAAUAGUCGUGUUCGAUCAUGUGUAUCAAAGAUUCCAAAUCAUUAACAACGUCAAGGUCGACAAGGACACGGAUUUGUCUGCUGCUUACGAAAAAGCGGAAAAAGAGAUCUUGGACGUUCAGGCCAUUUUGCAGGCCCACAAGCCUUUGGAGGAGCUCAACCCCCACCAGCCUCCUAUCAAGCCAGACCAGACCUUCACCUCGAAUAUCGGAAAGACUGGCUACGAGCUGCACGUUUCGACGUUGAAGAAACACAUCAAGCUAGGUGAUGUCAUCCAAGCUGUGCCCUCGCAGAGAGUGGCUAGACCAACGUCGUUGCACCCAUUCAACAUCUACCGUCAUUUGAGAACCGUCAACCCUUCACCCUACUUAUUCUACAUCGACUUGAAGGAUUUCCAAAUCAUUGGAGCCUCGCCAGAAUUGUUGGUGAAGUCCGAUGAAAAAGACAAGAUUGUCACCCACCCUAUUGCUGGUACGAUCCAGAGAGGCAAAACUAACGAGGAGGACGAGCGCAAUGCUCAGAUCUUGCGUUCUAGUUUGAAGGACAGAGCCGAACACAUCAUGUUGGUUGAUUUGGCCAGAAACGACGUCAACCGUAUCUGUACGCCUGAGAGUAACUCCGUGGACCGUCUAUUGACUAUUCAGCGUUUCUCUCACGUCAUGCAUUUGGUGUCUGAGGUCAGUGGUACUUUAAGAGAGGGCCAGACCCGUUUCGAUGCUUUCAGAUCUAUCUUCCCUGCUGGUACUGUCAGUGGCGCUCCCAAGGUCAAGGCCAUGGAGCUCAUUGGUGAAUUGGAGAAGGAGAAAAGAGGAGUUUACGCUGGUGCAGUGGGCCACUGGGGUUACGACGGAAAGACCAUGGAUACCUGUAUUGCAUUGAGAACGAUGGUCUACAAGGACGGUGUUGCGUACUUGCAGGCCGGUGGAGGCAUUGUCUUUGACAGUGACGAAACGGAUGAGUACGAGGAGACGAUGAACAAAAUGAGAGCCAACAACAAUACGAUUGUUGAGGCAGAGAAGAUCUGGCUUCAGAAAGUUGGAAGCGAGUAA